AUGUGGAUAACUGAUAGAAAAAGAGAGAUAACAGUGGUUAUGGGUGUCAUGAAUAUUGAAGAAGGCGCUUCUUUUCCUGCAAAGACGACUUUUCAAGUCGUCAUGUGCAGUAUCAUUGCUGCUGUUGGUGGUCUCAUGUUUGGUUAUGACAUAGGAAUCUCAGGAGGUGUGACGAGCAUGGACACUUUUUUGAUAAAGUUUUUCCAUCACGUGUACGAGAAGAAACACAGAGUACACGAAAACAACUACUGCAAAUUCGAUGACCAGCUUUUGCAGUUGUUCACUUCUUCUCUCUACUUAGCUGGUAUCUUCGCCAGUUUAACCGCUUCAUACUUAUCGAGGAGGUUCGGAAGAAAACCUAUAAUCAUGUCAGCCUCCGCCUUCUUCCUCUGCGGUGCUAUCCUCAACUUCUUUGCCCAAGAACUCGGCAUGUUGAUCGGUGGUCGUAUCCUCCUUGGCUGCGGCAUUGGUUUUGGUAACCAGACCGUUCCAUUGUUCAUCUCAGAGAUUGCACCGGCUAGAAUCAGAGGACGACUAAACCUCAUGUUCCAGUUUCUAAUCACCAUCGGAAUCCUAGGAGCAAGCUACGUGAACUUCUUAACGUCCACGAUGAAAGACGGCUGGAGAUACUCUCUCGGUGGUGCAGCUGUUCCGGCCCUAAUCCUCUUGAUAGGAUCCUUCUUCAUCCACGAGACACCAGCCAGCCUCAUAGAGCGAGGUAAAGACGAAGAAGGGAAGAGAGUCCUGAGGAAGAUCAGAGGACUCGCAGACAUUGAGCUCGAGUUCAAUGACAUCAAACGCGCCACGGAGGUUUCGAACAGAGUGAAAAGCCCUUUCAAAGAACUCUUCACCAACCUCGAGAACAGGCCGCCGCUUGUGUGCGGAACGCUGCUUCAGUUCUUCCAGCAGUUCACUGGAAUCAAUGUGGUUAUGUUCUACGCUCCUGUCUUGUUCCAGACCAUGGGGAGCGGUAACAACGCUUCUCUGAUCUCUACCGUUGUUACAAACGGUGUGAACGCUGUCGCUACGAUCAUAGCCGUUGCCAUGGUUGAUAGACUCGGUAGGAAGUUCUUUUUGGUUGAAGGAGCUACUCAAAUGACCGCUACACAGAUAUCUAUUGGAGCCCUUCUCUUACAACACUUGCACUUAGUCGGACCUAUUACGAGUCGCGCCGUGCCACUUAUUGUACUGAUACUCAUCUGCGUCUACGUGUCCGGAUUCGCUUGGUCUUGGGGACCAUUGGGAUGGCUUGUUCCGUCUGAGAUCUACCCUCUUGAAGUGAGAAAUGCAGGUUACUUCUGCGCAGUGGCGAUGAACAUGGUUUGCACAUUCGUUAUCGGACAGUUCUUCUUGUCGGCGCUAUGCAGAUUCAGAUCAGCCUUGUUCUUCUUCUUUGCAGCCAUGAACGUGAUCAUGGGACUAUUUGUCAUCUUCUUUCUUCCAGAGACUAAAGGUGUUCCUAUUGAGGACAUGGCUGAACAGCGUUGGAAGAAGCAUUGGCAUUGGAGGAAGUAUUUUAAGCAGAACUGAUUUUUUU